AUGGAUAGUCACGAAACAAUAACCCUGCAGCUGAGUGAGGUACUUCGACAGGUUGCCGACUCGAUAAAUUCGCAGCACAAUGAACUUUAUGUCACCCUCCAUGCGCAUGCUACCUGGAGGUCUGCCAUCCGAACUGCUGGAAUAGUCCUCGGCGAUGUCGGUGGACCGUUUCUUUUGGUUCCUCACGGAACUAGCAAGACAGCACUCCAGUCAGCCUCGGAAUCAUACUCGAGAAAUAGUUUAGCUCUUCCAAUCCGAACAAAUGUCGACCUAAACACAGCAGAACUUCGCCUAGCUUCAGAUUCAGGCCGCAAACAUCGCCACAAGCUCGCUAGAAAGAUGGCCAAUAUGGGAUUUCGAUGGCCGACGUCAUGCUGGUUCGUACAGAAAGAUCAGCGCACACAAGGGCCAGCACCGUCACAGUGA